CUCAAGUUCAGUGCUGACAAGGUGGAUACAAUGAUCAUUCAGGCUAUUGGUUUGCUUGAUGAUCUUGAUAAAGAGCUUAAUACAUAUGCCAUGAGAGUUCGGGAAUGGUAUGGUUGGCAUUUUCCCCGAGCUUGCUAAAUUAUUCAGGACAAUAUCCAAUAUGCCAAGGCAGUGAAGAUGAUGGGUAACCGUACUAAUGCUGCAAAGCUUGAUUUUUCUGAGAUAUUACCUGAAGAAAUUGAGACAGAAUUGAAAGAGGCAGCUAUGAUUUCUAUGGGAACUGAAGUUAGUGAUCUUGAUUUGAUAAAUAUUAAAGAGCUAUGUGAUCAGGUUUUGUCGCUUGCUGAGUACAGAGCUCAGUUAUAUGAUUAUCUAAAAAGCAGAAUGAACACAGUUGCACCAAAUUUGACUGCACUUGUUGGAGAGCUUGUUGGUGCUCGUCUGAUUGCCCAUGGAGGCAGCUUGUUGAAUCUUGCGAAGCAGCCUGGUAGCACUGUUCAGAUUCUUGGUGCAGAAAAGGCUCUCUUCAGAGCUCUGAAGACUAAGCAUGCGACUCCCAAGUAUGGGCUAAUCUACCACGCAUCCUUGAUUGGUCAGGCGGCUCCAAAGCAUAAGGGAAAAAUUUCUCGGUCACUUGCUGCAAAAACUGCUUUGGCAAUUCGAUGUGAUGCUCUUGGAGAUGGUGAAGAUAACUCUAUGGGACUUGAGAACCGAGCCAAGCUGGAAGCACGGUUAAGGAAUCUUGAAGGGAAAGAAUUGGGUCGUGCUGCUGGGUCAGCUAAAGGAAAGCCUAAGAUUGAAGUUUAUGAUAAAGACCGGAAGAAGGGACCUGGGGCGAUGAUAACUUCUGCAAAGACAUAUAACCCUUCAGCAGAUUCCAUUCUUGGUUUGAUGGCAAAUGCUGAAGAAAAACCAGUUGAGGAGGUUGAUGUUGGUGAAGAGAAGAAGAAGAAGAAAAAGAAGAAGAGUGAGGAGAAUGGCAAUGCUGAAGCAGAAGGUGAAGAGUCAGUAAAAAAAGAAAAGAAGAAGAAGAAAAAGCAGGCAUCUGAGGAUGACGGUGUAAACGAUGAAGUAGGAGAGAAAAAGAAAAAGAAGAGAAAGCAUUCUGAAGAAAAUGAAGAAGAGUCAGAAGUGGCAAGUAAGAAGGAGAAGAAGAAGAAGAAGAAGAAAAGUGAGGAUUGAUACGUUUCUGAAGAGGAGUUGUGGCAACUGGGAACCCUACAAUUUUGGAAGAAAACGCAACAACUUUCGUAAUUCCAUAUGUAAAAUUUGGUUUCUUUAUAAUUUUAAAUCAAUUUUUCAACGUAGUCCUUUUAGUUUUCUUUUUUUGUAGUGUAUUUUGCCAAGUACUAAUGCAUAAGGUUUGGUUGGAAGCAUUUAGGGAGGACUUAUAUUAUUGCAAUCAUAUUUUGCAGUUCGCUUAUAUGUGUGUUGUUUAUUUAGCCUGUGAAUA